AUGGUCUUAAAUAGAAAUGCCAAAAACUUCUUUGCAGACGUGGAACAGAUGGCUUUUUGUCCAAGUAAUGUAGUGAGAGGUAUUCUUGGAGCACCAGAUAAAGGUCCCGUGGGUGUCCUAACCACUAGUGCCGGCGCACCUGUAUCUUAUACUGAAGCAACAACCACGUUAAACACUCCAUUGAUUCAUAACAAUUUCUUUAUGGAUAUGAUUUAUAACAUUGAUCGAGAAAGAAUGCCUGAACGUAUAAAUCAUGGAAGGGGCACUGGAGCAUUCGGUUAUUUUCAAGUCACACACGAUAUCUCACACAUUUGUAAAGCUGACUUUCUGAAGAAAGUAGGAAUGAAGACGCCAGUCGUAGUCAGAUUUUCACAGACACUAUCAGAAAGAGGAAAUAUGGACUUAGUUAGAGAUGUUCGAGGAUUUGCAAUAAAACUGUAUACCAAAGAAGGUAACUUUGAUUUACCAUGUAAUAACAUUCCUGUAUAUUUUUAUAAUGAUCCAAAUCUAUUUGUACGGUUUUUACAUGCGUUGAAAAGAAAUCCAGCGACAAAUCUCAUUGAUCCUAAUACGAUAUGGGACUUAAUGACAUUAUCUCCCGAGGCAUUACACAGUUUUUUCAUGAUAUUUUCUGACACCGGUAUACCCGCUGGCUAUCGCUACAUGUCUGGUUUCGCAUUACAUACGUAUCAAGUAGAGAACAAGACUGGAGAUUAUCACUUUGUCCGGUUUCAUAUAACACCAUGCUCUGAAUUUAAAUAUUUUACCACACAAGAAGCUAGAAAGAUUGCUGCUGAGGAUCCUGAUUAUUUGACAAGAGAUUUGUAUCGAUCUAUUGGCAAUGGAGAUUUUCCUUCUUGGAUAGUUAGCUUGCAAAUCUUAACCGAAUCAGACGUUAAAAAGGCUGGGUCUAAAGUGUUUGACGUUACAAGGCUUUUACCUUUAAAAGAAUACCCCUUACACCAAAUUGGGAAAUUAGUUUUAAAUAGAAAUCCUAUAAAUCAAUUCGCAGAUGUUGAACAGUUGGCAUUUUGUCCGGGAAAUUUAGUUCCCGGAAUACUUGGAGGACCAGAUAAGGUGUUUGAAUCACGAGUUUUUUCUUAUAGAGAUACGCAGUUAUAUCGCUUGGGUAAAAAUUUUAAUAAAAUUCCAGUAAAUUGUCCGUCUCAAGUAAGAACAUUUACUUACAAUAGGGAUGGCAGGCCGGACGUUGGUUCAAAUGAGGAAGACAUUCCCAACUACUAUCCUAACUCAUUCCAUGGACCUGUUCCAUACAUGAAUAAGCCACGUGCCGGUUUAAUAAGUAUUGUAGAAAAAAAAGCUGACAAUUUUGAUCAAACAAAUGAAUUUUACGUCAAAAUGGAUUCUGGAGAAAAAUCACGAUUCCUUGAAACUUUAGUGUUCUCGUUACAACCAGUUGCUAAAGUUUUGCAACAAAGAGCACUUGAUAUUUUUAAAGUUAUAAAUCGAGACUUGGCCUAUAGUGUUGCCCAAGGGUUAAAUAUCACAAUGUAUAAAUAA